CCAAAUCUAAUUUUGAAAUAUCGUUAUAGAUUUUUAUAUAUCUUUUAAUUAUGGUUUUCUCUGAAGUGUUAUUGUGUAACGACUAACCAUGGCGUUGAGCUCGUCAGGUAGUCGAAAACCCUCUUUCGAGAUUUUAACAGAAAACAAAUAUUUAGAAGGGGGAAGCCGAUCUUCAAUUUACCAAUCGGGUCCAGCUCCACCGUCAUCUCCAAACGGCGGCAAUCCGUCCCGCCAAAAACGGAAGAUGAAGAAACACAAGAGGAAAAAGGAUUCCACGACGGAGUAUCCGAUUACCGCGGAAGAUGCGGUCGUGAAACACCGUAGGAGCAGUGGCGGCAACGUAUCGGCGGUCUGGAAUUUGGGGAACAACGGGAUCAGAGACAAUGGAAAUGUUAACAGGAUCAGUUACGUUGGUGGCGCGAGCGUCGUGGUGCUGGAGGAUAGUAGCGUGUGCCAGAAUGUGGGUGGUUUUGGAGAACUGAGGCAGAGGAAUGUCAAUGGAGCCGUGGCUGGCGGAGGGGAUGAGAUGGAGACGACGGUAGCAAAGGCGGGAGAGAGUGGAGGGGAGGUUAGUAGUUCGAAGGAGCCGUUUCCUUCGGUGCUGCUUCAACCAAUGGCGAAUGGGAACGUGGUGAAUACGUUUCAAACAGCUGCAUCGUGGGAUUGGAAACGAGUUAUCGCAGAGGAUCCUAAUUAUGUUUAUACUGUGGGUAAAUCACCGAUGAAAUACUUUUUGGAAGAAAUGCAUCAUGGAAAUUCGUUGCGGAACACCACAACACUUGGUAGUGAAAAAGAACGAGAAAGAGUAUACGACACUAUCUUCCGCUUGCCAUGGAGAUGUGAAGUGCUAAUAUCUGUCGGCUUCUUCAUCUGCUUCGAUUCAUUUCUGUCCUUGUUAACUAUCAUGCCGGCAAGGGUUUUGAUUACGGCUUGGAGGCUCCUGACUACAAGGCAGUUCAAAUGGCCUUCUGCAGCAGAGCUGUGUGAUUUUGGCUGCUUUCUUGUUUUAGCCUGUGGAGUCAUUGUCCUGGGGCAAACAGAUAUCAGCCUGAUAUAUCACAUGAUUCGUGGUCAAGCAACAAUCAAACUCUAUGUGGUUUACAAUGUGUGGGAGAUAUUUGAUAAAUUAUGCCAAAGCUUUGGUGGAGAUGUGUUAGAAACCCUCUUUAAUUCCGCGGAAGGACUAGCUAAUUGCUCUCAGGAAAACAUGCGAUUCUGGAUUCGAAGAUUUGUUUCUGACCAGGCAUUGGCUAUGGCCUUCUCAAUUCUUCAUUCGUUUAUUUUAUUAGCUCAGGCCAUUACUUUAUCAACUUGCAUUGUCGCUCGUAAUAAUGCACUAUUUGCUUUGUUGGUAUCCAAUAACUUCGCUGAGAUAAAAAGCAAUGUCUUCAAACGCUUUAGCAAGGAUAACAUCCACAGCCUGGCAUACUCAGAUUCAGUAGAGAGAUUCCACAUUUCAGCAUGUCUCUUGUUCGUUUUAGCUCAAAAUAUUUUGGAAGCAGAGAGUCCUUGGUUUGAAAGUUUUCUUUUUGAUGCAUUUGUGGUUUUCGUUUGUGAAAUUUUAAUUGAUAUCAUAAAGCAUUCAUUCCUUGCCAAAUUCAAUGAUAUAAAGCCCAUCGCGUACUCCGAGUUUCUUGAAGAUUUGUGCAAGCAGACUUUGAAUAUACAAACAGAAGAUUGCAAGAAGAAUCUCACUUUUGUGCCUCUUGCACCAGCUUGUGUGGUCAUUCGAGUGUUGACUCCAGUCUAUGCUGCUCACCUUCCAUGCAGCCCUCUGGCAUGGAGAUUCUUUUGGAUCCUUGUCUUGAUUUCCAUGACCUAUAUCAUGCUCACAAGCUUGAAAGUGAUGGUUGGUGUGGGACUACAAAAACAUGCAACCUGGUACGUCAAUAGGUGUCGUAAAAGAAAACAACAUCUCGAUUGAUUCGAUUCGAAAACCGGUGCCCGUCCCCCGUUCCAUGCAUUUGGUCAAUUUCGGUAUUCAUUUCAUCUGGUUCGGGGCAUAUUGAUCAUAAUAUAAAUGCAACCCCAAAAAAAAAGGUCGGGAUUUAUUUUCGAGACAGGUAGCAGGUCGGAACAUAUGGUGUCGUGAAUCGUGAUCGUAUCCCGACGAGUAUGCACUUUUUCCUAUAGAGAAUAUGGUCAGUUGCUUUACUUCAGGGAGUUAGUCUACAUAUGAAGCCUUAAGUAUUUCAUUCCUCUUCUGUCUUCUGCUGCUGCAUUCUUGCAUCUACAUUGCUUCUUUUUAUUUAUAAAUUUAUUCAUUCAUUUUUUUUGGUAGUGAGGAAGGGGGUGGUAAAAAUAGAAAUAAAAAACAAUUCUUUUAUAGUUCAUCUA